AUGAACGGCUUCCAGAACACCAAGAGAAGCUCCGACAGCCAGGGCCAACCCGAGGCGAAGAAGGUGAAGACCGAAGAAGAGACUUCGGCAAGCAGCUCCAGCUUCCAAGGAGCAUCGUCUGCUUUUGGUGAGCCACCUGGACUCUCCAUUGCUGACUUUGAGAAUGGCGAUGCACUCCAUCGCGUAGAAAACGCUCUGGUCGAGAGCGGCCUCGCCGACGAGAUGGUGAUCGACGAGGAUGACGAGCAGGGCUUUGACGACUCCAGCCUUGCGGAUCCAACCACUUUCUUCGAGGACUCGCAGGAGGUCCUCCUUUACCUGGCCCUGUUCCGUGACCAAUGUAACUCUUGCUGGCGCCCUACGUCUCUGAACCCUAUCGGAGACUUCUCCUCUGCCAAUGGUGACUGGGCAAGUCAAGACCUCGACAUAGACGCCAAGUGGAACGACUUGGCCAAGAGGAUUGUCGAACUAUCGGGUAACAACAUCGACAUCCGAACACUGGUGAAACCAUCAGGGCCACUGAAUGCAGUCUUAACAGCUCAGUGGCAUUACCCGGCGUGGACUACCCAACACCCACUCCACGGAAUGACGAUGGACGAUACUGACCCAUCGUUGCGUGCACAGCACGCCAAGUUCGAGUUUGAUGCACAUAUCAAAACUCAAGAUACUUACCCGAUUAGGGAAGGUUUUGCUCGUGGUGGCAUCAAGUGGGAAACCAUCUACGAUAAUUGGUCUCAGAUCAAGGAAGAGUGCCUCAAGUUCACUCGUUGGCUCAAUCGACACUCGAAGAUUAUCCUCAUCGUCGGCGAUGAGAACUGUCGAGAAUGGCGGGAAUUUGUCCACCCUGAUGAGACCGUCGAGGCCAUUAAGAUUGAGCUCGAUAUUAGCUUUCCGAUAUUUGGCGAUAAACCUUGUUUCCAAAUUAUUCGGUCGAAGGCUACGAAGGAGAUACAACAACUAGUACUAUUCUCGUACCAUUCUCAGUACUUCUUCUACCGAGAUAUUUCGAUGCGCAUACGCGCAUAUCACGACCUGCUCUGGAAUGCGGUUUCCGAGUGGGCUGGUAUCAGGCCAGCAAAGCCGUGCUUCUUCCUUCGACAGAGCGAUGUCAAGCAGAAUGCCGGCAACAACCCCAAGAAGCAAGCCGGCGACAAGUACGGAUUCACCCAGCUGAAUCUGGCGCGAAAACUGCGCCACCAGGAAAAGAGAACCGGGACUCUAUUUCCCGACUUUGUUGUGCGGAGAGCCUUCCGCAAAACGAUCAACAAGAACUUGAUGCCAACGCAGCUGGCGAUACGGACUAAGCUGCUGAAGUGGGAUGAGCUGUCAAAGACACAGCAACGAACCUUCUUCAAUACCUAUGUCAUCUGGUGGACCCCCUGGUGUUCCCUGGGUCUUCGAUAUGAGGGUGAUGGUUGCCCCAACCCAGAUGAUUUCGACUAUGCUGGGUCAUAUCACCCAUGCGUCAACAUGGAGAGGCGGUACCGAAGCGGCGAGAAGGAGGAGUUCUAUGACCCCGAGGAUAUCAAGCCCGAUGAAGCCCCUGAAGGCGGAGAUUCCUAG